UAUCGCGAUGUAUAAACCAUCGCGAUAUCUGCAAUUAAAACGACAAGAUCUCGCGUGCGUUGAUGUCAAGGCCUUUUGAAGAAGGUGUGCUUCAUGGCGGUUACGGAGUCUGCGAAUUUGUUGAAUUAUUAAAGCUUCCCCGUCAGUCCUCUACCCCUUGGGGGCUUUCCUGCCUCAGUCUGGUGGACCCAGCGAUUAGCGUGUUGCGUAGGGAGGCGAAGCUCUGACGAUGGAGAAUGGACAGGGCACAGGCUCCAAGCUCGGCCUGCCGCCUCUCACUCCAGAGCAGCAGGAGGCACUUCAGAGGGCAAAGAAGUAUGCCAUGGAACAAAGCAUUAAGAGUGUGUUGGUGAAGCAGACCAUUGCCCAUCAGCAACAACAGCUCACCAACCUGCAGAUGGCAGCAGUGACAAUGGGCUUUGGAGAUCCUCUCUCACCUUUACAAUCGGUGGCAGCGCAGCGGCAACGUGCUCUAGCCAUCAUGUGUCGGGUGUAUGUGGGCUCCAUAUACUAUGAGCUUGGUGAGGACACUAUCAGACAGGCCUUUGCCCCCUUCGGCCCUAUCAAGAGCAUUGACAUGUCUUGGGAUUCUGUUACAAUGAAACACAAGGGGUUUGCUUUUGUGGAGUAUGACGUGCCAGAGGCCGCUCAGCUGGCACUGGAGCAAAUGAACUCUGUCAUGUUGGGGGGGCGAAACAUUAAGGUUGGGCGGCCAAGUAACAUCGGUCAGGCGCAACCCAUCAUUGACCAGCUGGCAGAGGAGGCGCGUGCCUUUAAUCGGAUCUACGUGGCGUCCGUCCACCCUGACCUCUCAGAUGACGACAUCAAAAGUGUGUUUGAGGCCUUCGGGAGGAUCAAGUCUUGCACGUUAGCCAGAGACCCCACAACAGGGCGACACAGAGGCUUUGGCUUCAUUGAGUAUGAAAAGCCUCAGUCAGCCCUGGACGCUGUUUCUUCUAUGAACCUCUUUGACCUGGGGGGUCAGUACCUUCGGGUGGGCAAAGCAGUGACUCCGCCCAUGCCCCUACUGACCCCCACGACCCCUGGUGGUCUGCCACCUGCUGCAGCUGUGGCUGCAGCGGCAGCCACCGCUAAGAUAACGGCCCAGGCAAGUAUGAAUCCCUUCCAAAGGGAUUUAAUGGCCUUCCAGGAGGCUGUAGCUGGCGCAUCAGUCUUGGGGGCGUUAGCCGCGCCCCAACUUCUCGGUCAGCAAAUGGGAAUCCCUCAGGCUGUCAUGGCUGCGCAGGCACCUGGGGUCAUUACAGGUGUGACUCCGGUGCGUCCUCCCAUACCAGUGCUUCCUCAGGUUGGUCUUGUCAACCCGGUGCUUGCUUCACCACCAGUCCUGUCGAGUCAGGCCAGUGGCUCCAACCAACAGGAGAAGAAAGAGGAGAAGGAAGAGAUGCUCCAGGACGGGACGGGACAGGAGAUGUUGAGUGACCAGGAGCACAUGAGCAUCUCAGGCAGCAGUGCCAGACAUAUGGUGAUGCAGAAACUUCUUAGAAAAUCAGAGUCAACGGUAAUGGUGCUUCGAAAUAUGGUUGGACCAGAGGACAUCGAUGAUGACCUGGAGGGUGAGGUGACGGAGGAGUGUGGCAAGUUUGGCUCAGUCAACAGAGUCAUCAUUUACCAGGAAAAGCAAGGAGAAGAGGAGGAUGCAGAUAUUAUUGUCAAAAUCUUCGUAGAGUUUUCCAUGGCCUCAGAGAUGAACAAAGCCAUCCAGGCCCUCAAUGAUCGCUGGUUUGGGGGUCGCAAAGUCGUCGCCGAGGUAUAUGACCAAGACCGUUUUAACAGCAGUGACCUGUCUGCAUAAUAUGGUUCACCAGCCCCCGUCCCCAUAACUGUCGCCCAAACUCGUGUCAGCCACAGUCGUUGCAGCUAGAGAUGCGGGCCUCCGAACCUUGUAAUUAUGUUUUUUUUUCUUCUGUUUUUUAAUUGCUGUUGAUAUUAAUGUUUAAUGCCCCAUUUUGGGGGAUUCAUUAAAAAAUACUCUUGCUUUGUGGUCUGUGAAAACUCCCUUUUUGUGCAAGUUUAAAUUUUUUGUAAUACAGUCUUGUUAAACUUUUCCUGCUUUAGUUCCUUUUCUUUUUUCAUGAAAUUGCCAGGACUUGUAAACACUUUUCUUUCUAUGAUUAAAGGUUAUUGUUUGGCCACAAAA